UUGUUAUGUAUUGUACAAUAAAGGGGUGUCGAGUAUUUAAAGUUUUAUUAAAAUUUUAUUUUAUUUAGUGUGUAAAUAAUGUCACUUGUUUUAAAACCAUGAAAUUGUUUAGGCAUGUUCGACGAUGAAUAUAAGUUCAAGAAGUUUGGUUUGAAAGAAAAUAAUUUUUUUUUUUUUUUUAACUAAAUUGUGGUUAGAGCGUACUGUACUGAAGUGUAAAUAAUUUUACUAAAUAGGUUAGUUACAUUUUUUUCCCUUUUUUAUAUUGUGUUGUGAAGUGAAUUUCCUCAAACUCAAUAACAAUAAAUAAUAAAUUUUAUAUGCAUAUAUUGGCUGUGCAGUAAAUGUUAAUUGACAUACAGGAGAAGUUCAGCUUUAGUGGUUGAAUGAACAGCGAUUUUGAGUUCUGUUUAAUAGGGUGGUCAGGAGCGUGAGUUGUCGCCACAAUGUUCUUCAAGUUCAAUCAGAACUCCUCUGCGCAAGUUGAAGCAGUGCUGAACAAGGAGGAUGUGACACUUCGGGAUCUCAUGGACGAAGAAGACACUCUUCAAGAAUGUCGAGUGCAAAACAAGAAACUCAUUGACUUCCUGGUGCGGCCGGAGGUGAUGGAGGAGCUGGUGACGCUGGUCACGGCGGCGCCGAGCAGCGACGCGGAGGAGCGCCUGCGCUACAAGUACCCCAACCUGGCGUGCGAGCUGCUGACGUGCGACGUGCCGGCCAUCAGCGAGCGCCUGGCGGGGGAGCCGCGCCUGCUGGACCGGCUGCACGGCUUCCUGGAGCAGGAGCGGCCCCUGGACCCGCUGCUGGCCUCCUUCUGGAGCAAGGUGGUGGGCGCCCUGGUGUCCCGCAACGGCGACCAGGUCUUGGAGUUCUUUAAGUCCAAGGCCAACUUCGUGAGCCUGCUCCUGAAGCACCUAGGCACGUCGGCCAUCAUGGACGCCACUCUGAAGCUCAUCACGCAGGUGGAGGGCGUCGACAUUCGCCAGAACGUGCUCAACUGGCUGGACAGCCAGACCGUGGUGCAGUCGCUGGUGUCGCUGCUGCGGCCGUGCGUCGACACGGAGCGCCAGAGCAACGCCGCGCAGCUGCUGUGCGACAUCGUGCGGCUGGGACGCGACGGCCUGCACGGCUGCACGGAGCGGCGCGACCCCGACCCGGUCCUCGCGCAGGUCGAGAACCCCGACACGGUGCGCACUCUGCUGGAGAACGUGCUGGGCGGCAGCGACAAGUCGGAGGCCUCCAUCGUGGGGGGCAUCUCCGUGCUGUUGGCGCUCCUGGACUGCAGCAGGCAGAGCGCGUGUGUGGCAGAGACGAGCGUGUAUGGGGCAGCGUCCCUGGGCACGGACGGCGCGGCUGGGGAGGAGAGGCCCCGCUCCAGGGUGGUGGUGUCGACCACGGCCGCAGUCGUGCCCUGGGUAGCUCGGCUGCACGACCUUCUGCUCAACCCGCCCGUGAAGGCUCCCGUGCGCACCACGGUGGGCGUGCUGGACCCGCCCCUGGGGAACGCACGGCUGCAGGUGGCCAGGCUGGUUGCCGCGCUCGUCAGCAUCGACGACGCAGACGUCAACAAGGAGCUGGUGCGCCUGGGCACCGUCGAGGUGCUGCUGGACUUGUUCUUCAACUACACGUGGAACAACUUCCUGCACUUCCAAGUGGAGCAGUGCCUGGCGUUUGCGCUGAACGCUCAGCUCAAGCCGGCCUCUGACGCCCAGCACAGCAUCCUGCUGGAGAGCAUAUUCAUCAGAUGCAAGUUGAUGCAGAGAAUACUUGAGGCUUGGGAUGGCAAUGAAGAUAACGAGUGCAGCAUCCAGGGCCGCAGGAAGGGCUACAUGGGGCACCUGGCGAACAUCGCCAACCACGUGGCGCAGGCGGCGGAGAAGGAGCCCCUGGGCUCUGCUAUCAGGGACUGGGUCACCAAGGACACCGUGGCGGCCUGGGAGGCCUUCAUGGCCAACGCGCUGGCCGAGACCAACCGCACCAACGACAUCCUGCUGGCGGGUGUGCACCCAGCGCAGUUCACCUCCGAGGACGCACAGGACUUCAGAGACAUCCCCUUCCCGCAGAACCCCGCGCUGCAGCAGGUAUUUUCAGAGUAUCAGAUAAACCAGCCUUCACCGCAGUUUAUCGAGAACUAUGGUUAUCACAAUGAUGAGUUCAGCGAUGGAGAUGAAAUAUCGUCGGGGCUGGCCACGGACCGCCUCGCCAGCAUGACCUUCACCGUCAGCGAGGAGGAGCUGGACCAGCAGGCGCAGGUGUUCCGCCAGGUGUGCCGCGGCAAGCUGGGCGCCAGCGACGCCUGGGGCCACGGCAGGCGGUGGGACGACGCGGCAGACAGCAGCUCGGAUGAGGACGAGCCGCCGGGCCCGGACCGGGAGGAGCAGGCCGACGCGGACGCCUGGGCGGGCGGCGAGGCGGCGGAAGGCGCGGGCGACGCCCCCGUCGCCGUGGACGCCGGCAACCCGUGGGCCAGCAGCGCGCCGCCCGCCGCCGGCUUCCCCGCUGGCUGGGCCGACUUCGACUCGGCGGGCUUCGCCGACUUCGAGGCCAACUUCGACCCGGAGGGCUCGUGCGACCUGGACGACCAGGCCACCGCCCCCUCCGCCCCCUCCGCCCCAGCCCUGCUGGAUCAAGACGAUGCGACCUGCACAAACGGCAACAGCCCAGAGGAAGCGGCGCACGGGGGCCUGGAACAAGAGCGCGUGGCAGCGGUGGGAGACGACGCUCCCUCCGAGACGACGCUGGCGGAGGGCACGGACAGCUGCGCGGCCGACGCCAACCAGAACCAGCCGGCCGGAGCAGACUCGCAGCUCCUGGACAACUACAGGUUCCUGUCGACGCAGGGCAUGAUCUCCGAGAACUCUGCUGGGGAGAGUGGCGGGAGCGACGAAAGCGGCGGCAACGGGAAAGGGAAAGAUGUAGAGGCGGAGCUAAACGGGCCGGUCGUGACUCCUGAACUGUCCGGUGCCACAGACGACGACACGGCGUCUUCCAAGUCCAAGGCGGAGGAGGGGGGCGCAGAGACCGGACCACCGCCCGUAACGCCCAACGGGCCCGUCUGAGCACGGCCGCCGUGCUACUUCAUCCUGCGGGACCUCAUAUCAGGCGUAGCCGCCCGCGGUCCCGACACUGCAGUGUUCAAGUGCUCCGGAUGUUCCUUCGAGGUGCUCUGCCUUCACCACAUAUCUAGCGUGUUAUUUACAGUGCAGUCGAGUUUUGUAGGUUAUUACAAAUGGGAAAGUAUUUGAACUGUGCGGUAUUGUGCCACCGUUUGUAGUUUGUCAUUUCGGAAUAACCUUACAACAUUAGUCUGCAACAUUCUCGCUCUCAAUUGUAGCAUGUUGUCAAGCGUAUUUGGCUGGAUCCUGUGUGGUGAUAGUAUGUAUUACUAAACAUCCACCGUUUCGUUGUAUAGAAUGAUAUGAUAUGAUAUGCAUUAGUAAUUUUUCUGUGAAUUUUUAAAAAUAAGAACUUGCAAAAGUACUUUUUGAAUGUUAACUGUCAGGUCAAUAAUGUUUAUUAACUGUGUUCCUGCACAAUGUUCUUGUGUCAUGCUUGAUUUGUAAUAAACAUACAUGUCAUAGGUAACAAUUGAAGCAGGAUGUACGAUGAUGUGUUACGCAUUGUUAAUUGUUCAACUAAAUAAGUUCUUUCAAAAAUGUCGACUCUGUAUGUAUUUACGAAUUGUUGCAAUUUAAGCAAUAUUAAAAAAUACACUAUCAUUGUUGAUUCAUCUACAUUUUUUAAGCUUAAGAAUAUUUUUGGCAUUUUGUACAUAAAUUGGUGUAAUAUAUGUGUGUUGAACUUCCUCCGAGCUUGAGGGAAGCCCUGACGGUCCCUGUGCCGAUGCUAAUGUUUGGUGGCCUUGAACCUAAAAUAAGUAUUAUUGAGAACCAUUGUAGGCAGUUGUAGUAAGCUCAUUAUUACUGGAAGCUGUUUCUGAUUUACUUGGGAUGAAUUUAUUUAGUGCAUAAGUUUUAAUGCUUUUUUUAAUUUCACAAUUGUGUCAAGUACUUUUACGUUAAGAGCAGGCUAGGAGUAACGUUGCUGUAUGAUUCAAAACAACUGAGAAUACUCGUGUUCAAAUAUUUUUAAUGACAAAAUUAUUGUUGUAAAAUUGAUGAAAAUAAACUGUAAAUGCACA